AAAAUCAAACCAUUCACAUAUAUGCCUUUUGGUGUAGGACCACGAAACUGCAUAGCAUCCCGAUUUGCAUUGAUGGAAGUGAAAAUGAUAAUUUUCGAACUUCUACGUCAUUUUGAUAUUGUGCCUUGUGAGAAAACACAAAUACCUUUGAAAAUCAAAAUCACAUUUAACAUGCAUGUUGAAAAAGGAUUUUGGGUCACCUUUAAGAAGAGAGUGAUAAAUGAACAGCAUAAACAACAAAUAUGA